ACAUAGACAAUUAUGAGGUCAACUACAAGGUUUCGCGGAGCUUCUUCCAGACUUUUAGAAUCUUGCGGCGUUCAGCCUCAACGUAGUUUCAAAAGACAAGAAUGUUUUUGGAUUCUUAGAUCACUUACCGCAAGCCUAAUCAUUGCUCUACCUCAAACGUACGUCGCUGUUUAGAUCGACACACAAGGUCAGGAUCUCGCUGAGCCGAAGUCUGCUCACCUUUGCAAUGCUAUUUGUACCACAUUGCCGCGACUGCAACAUCUGCAUCUGAGGCUCAGCACUAUAUGUAACUCUUUAUUUCGAGCGGACCGAGACCAUUAAAGUACCAAGCCUCGAAAAGUUACUUAUUAACUGCUUAAGUAAAAGCGUUCAAGGCCAUCAAGCUUGUCUCUGCGGCUCUUUCCAAGAAGAUCCAUGUUAUUCUCAAUUCUACCUUGGAAAAGAAGCAGCUCCAGUUCUGGCACUUUCUGUACAAGCUUUUGUAACACACUAUCCGCAACUCACCCACAUAUUGUUGAUUGAUUCUGGGCAGCUUGAUUACGAAGAUCAUUCUGUUUAUAGUACUUUCAAUCGACGCAAUAUAAUGCAUAACAAGAUCUACUGCAUGCCCCUCGUGAAUAUACCGCCUUUUCAACCUGAUGGUGUUCUAAGUGUAAAGAUUAGGAUAUUAUAGCUAGUCUACCAGCCUGCAAAUCUUUACAGAAGAGGAAUUAUGGAAAGCUUCAAGUUCUGAGGGUUUUAUGUUGCCUGCACAGUUUCUCGAAGGCUAGUGUUAUAUUGC